AUGGAUGGAUAUAAUUUAGAUUCUAAAAAUUCAUUAAAUUUAACGCUGGAAGAAAUUAAAUAUAGAAAUGGAAUGAUAGCCAUAGUAUCUUUCAGUACUGUGGGUUUCAUGUUCAGUUAUUAUUGGAUACAUGUUGGUCGUAUUAAAGUAGGUGUUUUCUGUGACAUACAAGGAAUACUUAUAAAUCUAGGCGAUGUAUCUUCAGCUUUUUGGACAUUUGUAAUAUGUAUCCACACUUACAUGAUAGUUGUCCAUUCAUAUGAAUACCCUCAUAUAGUUUUAUCAAGCGUUAUUUCAGUAUGGCUAAUAAAUAUAAUUAUAAUUGUUUCUAUGGCGAGUUUUUACUUUCAAAGAGAUUCUCCUCCAUUUUUUGCUUCUGCUGGUGGUUCUUGGUGUUGGAUUUCUGAUCAAUACAAACGAAAAACGGAUCAUAGAGUAUACAAAAAAGCUUUACAAUCUGUAAAUAAAAAAUUGAUUUGGUAUCCUUUUGUUUAUUUCACUUUGGUAUUCCCAUUAGCUCUUCAACGUAUUUAUACAUUAUCUGGACGCCAAAUUUCCGAAGGAUAUUUAAUUUUAGCAGCGUGUAUAUUUAGUAGUGCAGGUUUAGUGAAUGCUAUAAUUUAUGGAAUUACUCGACACUUAGUUUCAAUACCGAAACUUCGUCAUCGAAGGACUCACGAAGGAAUCUUUUCAAAUGAUUUUAGUAGCAGUCGUUUAACUUCUCGUACCUCCACACAAAUAAUUAAUUCCAACAAAAAUUUUGUAAACACCACUCAACAAAUACAAGUUUCCAGUAUUAAAAGUAAAUCGUCAGUUGAAUUAUCAGAUCAAGAAAUGAAUACAGAUGAACAAUAG